CCCGCGUCCCACUUCAACCCAAACCAAAGCGUCACGGGUGAAGCCUACCUAGGUAGCUUGCUCAAGUAGCGAUGAGCGUCAUUGGUAUCCACCCCUUUGGGCAUGGCGGCGGAGACUACCGGCUGCUUCUGCGUCCGGCGCUCAACACUUGUGCCGCCUACGCUCAUCGGGACUCGGGGAGAGACGCGUCGAGAUCUCAGCCCGGAUGAUCGCGGCAAUCGCGGUGGCCACGGACCAUCGGGAAGAGCGCGGCAAUAUCUCCCUGGGCCAAAGUUUGCCAUUGCACAACGUGGAUGGGCCUAUAAAUGAGGCCGUUGCUAGUUUCCUCCCGUUUCCCUUCUCGUUACUCUCUUCUUAAACCAUCUUCCCAGCAUUUGACUUCCCUUGAAACCCGCCCAGCCACUAUCAGAUCUAUCUCAACUAUCGCCGACGAAGUUCAGCGGCCAUGCAGCUUUUGUCUGUUUUCCUGUCGGCCACAGCCCUGCUUGGUCAGGCAGCCUCAGGUUACCACCUGCUUAACAUGCAUGUGGCGAGGCCAGAACCGAACGCAGUGACUGGUUACGCCAGACUCGAGUUCGCUGCCCUCGACGCGUUUGUCGUGUUGUCUUUCAACCCCGCCCAGCCGUUCGCCCAGAUCCAGCUCGAUGCGAAGGGCCACCUGGGAAAUGACUUUGUUUUCAGGGAAGUGGAACCUGAUGAGUGGCACAUGCUGUCAAGGGUGGCUACAUCCAUCCAAGAAAACGACAUUACCGGUCCGUUUGCCAUCGAGGCGGACGGCCGGUUCGUGUACAAAGGUGAAGGGGGUAGCGUGUGGAAUGCCUGUGGCAAUAGAGACAACGGCCUUCGGCUUCAUAUGAGGAUGAAGGGCAAGCGAACGGAGAUUUGCGAGUAUCAAGACAUCACGAUCAAGGCUACGAAAUUCGACUGAUGGGCGGCUCAGGUAUUUCGGACUUAGUUGACCACGUAUGGCCUUAUGGGAAAUGUAUUCUUUCGCUGUAAUUCUUUGAUAUUGCAAGAAUGCGAGCAGCUGCGUAUCGAUAAGUUUUCAGUCGCAAAGAAUCUCGGCCAGCGCCGGAUUCAAUGUCCC